AUGUCUGACGUUCCAGGGCCCACCACGCAGAGGCCGAGUCACGGGAAGGGCGUGAGAGGGCGGGAGCCUGAGUGGGAGGGCGGGGUGGGGAAAAAGCGGGGUCCAGGGGAAGGACGGCGGGGCUCCUCGGGAGGCGGCCGCUCCCCCGGGGAGGAGCCGCUCCCUGGACACCGACGUCCCCAGGAGAGGCCCCCACCCACAGAGACGCUCUGUCUGGGUGAUGGACAGGAGCCGGUGCAGGGAGGCCAGGUCUGCGGGGCUGUGACAUCGCCCGGCUGCGCGGCGCUGCCCCCGGGGCGGAGUCUGCACAGACCCCACCUCCGGCCUGCGCCCGCCCUGCCCCCUCCUGAGGCUGAGUGUCCCCCGGUCUGCGGUCGAGGCACAGGGCGGGUGGCGGGGCAUGUCCCCCUGGACGCAGCUCUGCAGAACUCACGCUUAUAUAAGCAGCCUCCCGGCCCAGAGAGAGGGAGAGGGUCUGAGGCUCAGUACAGCGACGAGCCUCCGGGCACGUGGCCGGUGCCCCUCUGGGAGCACUUUAGGUCCUGCGGGGAGGACAGCCCAUCAGAGCCGGGAGCAGGAUCCCAGUCCCGGGCUGGGUGGGGCCCUCUCCCUGGGGCGGGCAUGGAGGACGCAGCCCAGCCCGGCGACUUGCCCGUCUUGCAGCAGGGAAAACCAGCCUCGGGAUGGAGAGCCACGAUGACCGAUGACCAAGAUGAGCCGCUGAUUCACGGCACCCACACCCCCACCCACCCGGUACUUCCCGUUUCCUGA